AUGCUACAUGUUAUAUGGUUCGCGUUAUUAAAUGAUCUAGUUAGAAUGGUACAUACAGAUAUGCAUACAUCACUGGUUGGCCUCGAAAACUUACCAAGAACUCUAAAAAAAGCAAUAGAUGAUCUAGACAGUCAUAUUAACAGGCAAGAAAGAAAACUUCAUGUUGUGAAUAGGACACCAAUGACGGCCGGUGAUUGCUAUGUACUGAGCAAGAUUUUGUUGAAGGAAGAGAUAGACAUCAAUGAAGCACUUUCGUGGAUGAUGGCAUCUUUACACAAGUAUAAUACUGAAGAAAACAGCUACUCUUUUAAUGAUGUUGAUAUUAUCCAGUACAUAAGCAAAGUUUAUCAUAUGCUAGGAGAUAAGAAAAACGCACUGCAGUGGAUGCAAAAUUUAGUAGACCGGCAUCCUCAAAACUUGAAAGCUAGGAUUAAGCUGGCGCAUUAUGAAAAAAGCAUGACUGAUCAGAACACCAGGAAAAAAAUGGUUAAUAGGGUUAAAGACAGACCUAAGAAACCAAAUAAAAACACAAACAUUAAAAAGGAAUUGGAAACAUACGAGGCGCUUUGUCGCGGCGACUUGGUCCUUCCAAUUAAUACAUCUAGCAGGUAUAUAAUAUGUACGAUAAUAAGAGCAUUCUUAAUGGGUAUAGCCGUUUGA